GGGGGAGGUCACGUGAUCGCACACCAAGAUGGCCGCUGCCGCUUUCUUGUUUUGAUGAAUAAUCUCUGUGUGAGGAGGCAGAAGUAUCAGCAGCUGAGGAAAAGGAGUGUGUGGGGGGGUGGCCCAGCUCUGAGGGAGGUGUGUUUGGUGGUUGCCGAGAGGUGUAAGGCCAGGGGUUGGCGUGGGUUCAUCACCCUCCACCCUCUCAGUCUCUGCAACCCAAGCCACCAGGCACCUGGAGGAUUCAAGGGAUUUGGGGAGGAGAAGGUGGCUUAGUCUGAGUCCUGCCUGUGAGGUGAAAGGAAAGCAGCUGGUUAAACUAGGGCUUCAGGUUAGACAGCUGACUUUGAGGCGCGGGGAGGGGGGCCGGGCAGGGUACUCUUGUAGUAUAUCUGGUGGCAGGCGGUUUUAUUUAUAUAUCUAUAUAGUGGAUACAUAGGAGGCAGCUGGGGCUUCUAGCAGAGGAAUAGAAAGAGAGAGAUCUAUCUUAUGUGUAUAUAUGGGACGAAUAGGGUUUCUGGGGUAUACAGAAGGUGGCCUGCAGUUGGGAACUGGGGAUAGGCAGCAAGCAGCAGGAUCUUUGAGAUGCAAGGUGGUGUUUUGUUGGUAGUUGAAGGUUUGCUAUAUGUAUAUGUAGGGGACAGUGAAGAAUAGAGCCUCCGUGAGACAAGGUGGCAUCGUGCUGGAGCUUCUAGGAUUUGUAGGAGGAACUAGCGUUACAGGAGCUAGCCUGCUACUGAGAUUUUUAGGACAUCUGAGAGGUCAGUGAGUAAUAAGUUUCCUGGGGUCUAGUGGAGGCAGCUUGGGGAGGCUAACUGGGGAGGCUACCUGGGGCACUUGGAUCGUGGAGAGAAAGGUCAGUCAGACCCAAAUAGGAGCCAGGAACUUUGGGUGUUAUCCAGGGCUUGGAGUGCCUGUUGCAGGAGGCUUUUAAAAUUGGGGUUGCAGUGGAGAUAGCUUAAGGUGCAGGAAGGGGCCAGGCUUGUAGGUUCAGUUGUCAGGUAGGAGUGGUGUGUGUAUGUGUGCCUGGUGUUCAUAAUUCUUUAGUUGAUUAUCAAGCCGCAGAGAAAGAAAUUGCAGGUGCCUAAGGGAAGAAGUGUAUUCUGUGGCAGUGGUCUUAACCUCUGACUAUGCAAUUCUGAAACAUCCCUAGGGAAAGAGGCAACAAGACUUCCCUUAAAGACCCUCUCUCCCACCAGCACGCUCCUCAAGGGAAGUACAGAGCUCCCCUUCCCCCAAACUCCUUUCACCAUUAAGAGGAAAACAAUGGAGGAGCUGAGCGCUGAUGAGAUCCGUCGAAGGCGCCUUGCCCGGCUCGCCGGCGGGCCAUCUUCUCAGCCCACCACACCACUUACAUCUCCACAGAGGGAGAAUCCUCCGGGGCCGCCUGCAGGAGCACCCCCCUCUGGACCGCCCCAAAACCUAGGGCUAAACGUUCACAGCAUGACCCCUGCUACCUCUCCGAUUGGUGCAUCAGGUGUAGCCCACCGCAGCCAGAGCAGCGAAGGAGUGAGUUCGCUCAGUAGCUCCCCGUCAAACAGCCUCGAAACACAAUCUCAGUCUCUUUCCCGGUCGCAGAGCAUGGAUAUCGAUAGCGUGUCCUGUGAAAAAAGUAUGUCCCAGGUGGAUGUAGAUUCAGGAAUCGAAAACAUGGAAGUCGAUGAGAAUGACCGAAGAGAGAAAAGGAGCCUCACUGAUAAGGAGCCCCCAUCAGGAUCAGAAAUAUCAGAGGAGCAAGCCUUACAGCUGGUCUGCAAGAUCUUCCGGGUCUCCUGGAAGGAGCGAGACAGAGAUGUCAUCUUCCUAACAUCGCUGUCUGAGCAAUUUAAACAGAACCCAAAAGAAGUGUUCUCGGACUUCAAAGACUUGAUUGGGCAGAUCCUGAUGGAAGUUCUGAUGAUGUCGACCCAGUCGAGGGAGGAAAACCCCUUUGCCAGUUUGACAGCCACGUCGCAGCCCAUUGCAGCAGCUGCCCGGUCGCCUGAUAGAAAUCUGGUUCUGAACACUGGUUCCAACCCAGGAACGAGUCCCAUUUUCUGUAACGUGGGCUCAUUCGGCUCCAGCUCUUUAUCGAGUCUCUAUGGCACCAGCCCGGCUCCUCUUUUCACUCUCUCAAGCCACACACCUUUAGCCGGCUCUUUUCUCGCCUCUUCUGCCAGUCCGGUCGCCCCCACCCCUUCCCUUUCUGCCAGCCCUCCCGUCGUGCCAGCAGCAGGCCCGCUGGGAAUCCAUCCCCCAUCCCCGAGGUACCGCCCGUACAUGGUGGCUCACCCCUGGGCCUUCCCAGCUCCUUCUGCUCCGCCCUUGGCAAGCACUCCUGUCCCCUCUCGCUCUCCAACCCCUCAAGGCAUAAGUGCUAGUCCUCCGGCUGUGCGGGCCGGUUUGCCCAGGCUUAGACCCAUAGCUAUGGCCCUGCCUCUGUUCACUGCUUCGCCUGGGCCUCUCGGCAGAAGGUCCUCUUACCUGAGCAGGACACCGUCUAGUUCUGAUGAAGACAAUGAGGACGAGGAGGAGGAGGAUUUUUCUUGUGUCCAGUUUGGGUCCAGUGGUGGAGGCUCUGGAGGAGCCAGCAUUUCUGACUCGUGCAGUGACCACUUCACCAUUGAGACCUGCAAAGAAACGGAUAUGCUGAACUACCUCAUUGAGUGUUUUGACAGAGUGGGGAUAGAAGAGAGAAAAGCACCAAAGUUGUGUAGCCAGCCGAUGGUGAGCCAAUUACUGAGCAACGUCCGAUCUCAGUGCAUUUCCCAUGCUGCUUUGGUGCUCCAAGGAUCCCUAACGCAGCCGAGGUCAUUACAGCAGCAGUCGUUGCUAGUCCCGUACAUGCUCUGUAGGAAUCUCCCUUUUGGCUUUAUCCAAGAGCUGGUGAGAACGACUCAUCAGGAUGAAGAGGUGUUCAAACAGAUAUUUAUCCCCAUUUUACAAGGCCUGGCUCUUGCUUCGAAAGAGUGUUCCCUUGAUAGUGACAAUUUUAAAUACCCCCUAAUGGCUUUUGGUGAACUAUGUGAAAUCAAGUUUGGGAAAUCGCACCCUGUGUGCAGUUUGGUCGUGUCUUUGCCUUUGUGGCUGCCAAAGUCCCUAAGCCCCGGUACGGGUCGGGAACUACAAAGACUGUCUUACCUUGGGGCUUUCUUCAGUCUCUCUGUCUUCGCUGAAGACGAUCCUAGAGUAAUAGAAAAAUAUUUCUCCGGGCCUGCCAUUACCUUGGAAAACACCCGGGUUGUUAGCCAAUCUUUGCAGCAUUACCUGGAAUCUGCCAGGCAAGAGCUGUUUAAGAUCCUACAUAGUGUUUUACUCAGUGGAGAAACCCGGGAGGCGGCUCUCAGCUACAUGGCAGCCGUGGUCAACGCCAACAUGAAGAAGGCCCAGAUGCAGACAGACGACCGUUUGGUAUCUACGGACGGCUUUAUGCUGAACUUUCUGUGGGUGCUCCAGCAGCUGAGCAUGAAGAUCAAGCUUGAGACAGUUGACCCCUCCUACAUCUUCCACCCCCGGUGUCGCAUUGUACUCCCGCCAGAUGAGACGCGAGUGAAAGCAACCAUGGAGGAUGUUGGCAGCUGGAUGGUUGAGCUGUCUAGGGAUCAGUUGCUCUUUUCUGAACCGAAAUUCCCAACCGAAUGCUUCUUCUUGACCCUUCAUGCCCAUCACCUCUCCAUCCUGCCAAGCUGCCGUCGAUAUAUUCGUAGGCUGAGAGCCAUUCGGGAGCUCAACAGGACUGUAGAGGAUUUGAAAAACAAUGAGAGUCAGUGGAAGGAUUCCCCUCUGGCUACACGGCACCGAGAAAUGCUGAAACGCUGCAAAACACAACUCAAGAAACUGGUGCGGUGCAAAGCUUGUGCAGAUGCCGGCCUGUUAGAUGAGAAUUUCCUCAGAAGGUGCCUGAAUUUCUAUAGCAUGGUGAUCCAGCUCUUGCUUCGGAUCCUUGACCCUGCCUACCCCAACAUAAAACUGCCUUUAAACCCUGAUGUCCCGAAAGUGUUCGCAGCGUUGCCCGAGUUUUAUGUGGAAGAUGUGGCGGAAUUUUUAUUUUUUAUUGUACAAUACUCUCCUCAGGUACUUUAUGAGCCCUGCACCCAGGAUGUCGUGACGUUUCUCGUCGUGAUACUGUGCAACCAGAACUACAUCCGGAACCCCUACCUGGUGGCAAAGCUGGUGGAGGUGAUGUUCAUGACGAACCCGGCUGUCCAGCCACGGACGCAGAAGUUCUUUGAGAUGAUUGAGAACCACCCGCUCUCCACCAAGUUGCUUGUCCCGUCGCUGAUGAAGUUUUAUACAGACGUUGAGCACACCGGAGCCACCAGUGAAUUCUACGACAAAUUUACGAUCCGCUACCACAUCAGCACCAUCUUCAAAAGCCUCUGGCAGAACAUAGCUCAUCACGGCACCUUCAUGGAAGAGUUCAACUCUGGGAAGCAGUUUGUCCGCUACAUCAAUAUGCUGAUCAAUGACACAACGUUCUUGCUGGACGAGAGUUUGGAGUCCCUGAAACGCAUCCAUGAAGUGCAAGAAGAGAUGAAAAACAAAGAACAUUGGGACCUGCUGCCCAGGGACCAGCAACAAGCGCGCCAGUCCCAGCUUGCCCAGGAUGAGAGGGUAUCACGCUCGUACCUGGCCCUGGCGACAGAGACGGUGGACAUGUUCCAUAUCCUCACCAAACAAGUUCAGAAGCCUUUCCUCAGACCUGAACUUGGACCACGUUUGGCGGCUAUGCUGAACUUCAACCUUCAGCAGUUGUGCGGCCCCAAGUGCCGUGACCUGAAAGUCGAGAACCCCGAGAAGUACGGGUUUGAACCAAAGAAGCUUUUGGACCAGCUGACAGACAUCUACUUGCAGCUCGACUGCGCUCGCUUUGCAAAACAAAUAGCUGAUGACCAGAGGUCCUACAGCAAGGAACUGUUUGAGGAGGUAAUUUCAAAGAUGAGGAAAGCUGGAAUCAAGUCGACGAUCGCAAUAGAAAAAUUCAAGCUGCUAGCAGAGAAGGUGGAAGAAAUUGUUGCCAAGAAUGCCCGGGCUGAAAUUGACUACAGUGAUGCUCCUGACGAGUUUAGAGAUCCACUCAUGGAUACGCUGAUGACUGACCCUGUGAGGUUGCCAUCUGGGACCAUCAUGGAUAGAUCCAUCAUCCUCCGGCACCUUCUGAAUUCCUCCACAGAUCCGUUCAAUCGGCAAACACUAACAGAAAACAUGCUGGAACCAGUGCCGGAGCUGAAAGAGCAAAUCCAAGCCUGGAUGAGGGACAAACAUAACUCAGACCAGUGAGCACUUGACACCUGGCAGCACACAUGCCAAAGGUCAACUGAAGAGCAGGGUGAGGGAUCGUGGGGAUGUGCCGAUACAUUUGGAAGUCGAAGCUGGCUGGGCUGGAGCUCACACAGUGUCUGUUGCAAAUGACCCAGAAGCAUGUGGUCGAAGAGAAGGAACAAAACUAGAUAAUUUUUUUUAAAGCAGCUUAAUUCUUGUACAUAUAUUUAAGUGAUCAAAUGUGGUUGAUAGCAUUGUGGGGGAUAAGUUAGGAAGCUGGCUCUUGUUAUGAGGCAAAAAUCCUCUGACAUCUCAUAAUUGGGGUUUAUACAGCUGAAUUCUUUUUAGCGAAAGACAUAUGGAUCAGGGCAGCAAAAGCCUCAAUUUUUUUUUUUUUAAAUAUUGCCAGAGCUCCGUUAAUUUGAUUGUGGUUGAAACCUUGAACAUUUUGCUGCUAAAGUAACCUACACACACUCUUUCUUUUCUUCCUUGUCACCUUUUCCUGCACUAUCCUUUUUUUUCUGUAAUGUGAAGAAAAUAUUCCCUGUAUAUUAAACAAAACCCUUCUCUCACCCCAAGAGAAUAUAAUCUUGAAAAGAGAAGCGUGCCUGCAGCAAGUGUUAAUCUUGGGGGUGGGGGCGGGUCUCUUAUUUUUCUAUUAUACAUAUUCAUUUAUUUUUAUUUGGUAAGUCAUACACAAGAAGAGUACUUCACAAUGGCAAAUUUCUUUUCCUCUUCUUCCCUUUUUUUGGCACGUUGAUUUUUAGCUGUUUGACAUGUCUUUUGGGAGAGACUUAAUGCUCUAGGGGUUCUUUUCAGUUGUUGUUGGUGUGUGUGUGUCUCUUUUUUAAAGCCUCGUAAUACAGAAUAUACUAAAACAGCUGCCGGAAAGAAAUUGGUGUGGAGUACCAGAACUUCAGUGACUUAAAAGAUAUAUAUAGAGAGAGCUAUGUAUAGAAAAUUCUUUUAAAGCCAGAGAUGUAAUAAGCUAAAUGAUGAUGAUUCUGAGUCUUUUAGGAGCUUGUCCCCCAGGGGGCCGGGUGGUGGUGGAUCAUUUUAGUCUCGGCGCCUAACAGUCAAGGCAGGAGAUCCAUUUUUAUGUUGCAUACUGGUUUUGUAUCCAUGGCUUGGCCUUACCAAAGCGCAAAAAAAAAGGGUGCAGAAAAAAGUAGACUUGCUUUUUUAAAAAAAACCAGAAACUAUAUAAAAAAGAUGAAACAUUUUUGUAUGACUGACCCCUGCUUAAAGAUACUUGAAUUUCCUUUUUAAAAAGGAUUUGAAACUACAGUGUUUUAAAAAAAAUUAAGCCUGAAAAGAAAAUGUUUUCUUUCUCUUUUUCCCCCCGCUGACAGUGUCCUCUGUUCAGUUCCUGAUUCUUGAACUACAAUAAAUGGUGAUACACAUUCACAAAAA